AUCUGGCUGAAAAACUUGCAAAACAAUGAGAAAAUACCUCAUUCAGUGCUGUUUGUGAGUGGUGAAAUUGAUCACAAGUGCUCCCGGAACACCCUCUCCAUCUCCCUGAACAGCAACGGAAAAUUACUUUCCCAUCCGGCCGCCGGUGUUUAAGGCGCGUGUGAAGUGUGGAUUGGAAAGAGUGGCGAUGAUAAUUUGCCAGCGUGCGAGUGAAAUAUUUUGGGGCAAAAGCUCGCGGCGAAUGGAAAUUUCGGCAUUCAAUAAAUCCGCGAUAGCGCAAAUUUCAUACUAUAUAUAAUGUACUAUGAAUCCAGAAAUGCUGAUAACAGCUUUGGCAUUACAUGUGCCUAUCUAUGGUCGCGCACAUAGGCGAGACAUGGAUGAGGAAAAACACUAAAAUUUUGCGAUAAAGAGACCUCAAGAGUGUCAGUCGAUCAGUUGUGAAGAGUCGCCUGUGCAAUUAACUCCUAUUUUUUUGGGUUGUGAAAUGCAAGAAAUCGCGCCGAAAGUCACGAGAAGUUCUUAGUGUUCAGAAGAAGAAUUGUCAGUUCUUCCCAUCAAUUCCUUUAUCUCACCGAAAGCGAACGUAAAGACUGAAGCGACAGUGAAAAAUGGCAGGCAAAUUAUCAAUGAGCUCCAUGAAAGGAUAUCCAGAUCUUCCAUCAAGCGAGAAAAUCAAUACUGUUCAUUUUCUAAAUGCAUCCCGUGAAGUUGUGGCCACAUUCGAGUCAUUUGGGAAGCUGUUCAAGCCCGUUGUGUAUGACAUGAAUGGCAAUAUUGAGAAAAUCCAGAAGCACUUCGUGCUGGACAAGAAGCGGAAUGUCUUCCUCGACGACAUGCUCGUGGACGAUGCAAAGGAGAGGCGAAUGAUUGUGGAGCCACUGCUCUGGCUGAAAAGAGCAUUGGAAAUGAUUGAGGCAUUUUUCACCAACGUUCACAGCGACGAUUCCAGUCAGGAUGAUUUAAGACAACACAUUCGAGAUGCAUACAAAUGCACACUGCAACCAUUUCACGGAUGGAUUGUCCAAGAAGCGUUUUCCGUAAUUUACCGAUGGAUUCCAACACGAAGUCAAUUAUUCGGGCAUGGAGAGCAACAUGCAGAGAAUAUGAAGCACCUCGAGAUCUUCCUUCAGCCACUUCGUGCGCACUUGCAGCGACUUAAUAACCUCUACACGGCCCACAGUUUGCAUUCCACCAAAAAAGUGUGAUUCCAGAGAAAUUUGUGCCUUCUUCGUGCUCUUCUCUCCACACAAAAGGGUUCAAAAUAUACAUAAAUGCAUCAUUG